ACCCACACCGUGGAGAAACCCUUUGCCUGUAGUGACUGUGGGAAGAAUUUCACCUGGAAAUCCAGCCUCACCGAGCACCGCCGCACCCACACUGGGGAGAGGCCCUUUGCCUGUGACACCUGCAGCAAGAGCUUCAGCAACAAGUCCAGCCUCACCCAGCACCGCCGCACCCACACUGGGGAGAGACCCUAUGGCUGUGACAAGUGCAGCAAGGGUUUCUCCGACAAGUCCAACCUCACCCGGCACAGUCAGACCCACACUGGUGGGAAGCCCUUUGCCUGA